AUGGAAGCAACGAUGUGGGGAGAGAAUUCGAAAGCCGACGACACCGAGGCUCUUUUUCGACAGGUCGUUGUCCUAGACCUAUAUCGGAUCCUUUCACGACUACGAUCACGGCAUGGAGAGACCUGGAAGACUACUGGAAGACUAGGCCUUAUUACUCAACUGCACGAGGCGAUCAACGACAAGUCCGUCAAGGCCAGAUCAGGGCUGACAAAGAGCAGUUUGAAGGCUGGCAGAGAUAGAGCACGAGCUCUGCACGUCCUAUUCACCAAGCUAGAAGGCAUGUCGGACCUCCACGCGGAGACAGUCGAAGCACACGAGGUGAACGUUCAGGUGGAGCCCUUCCAGAUCCAGAUGCCCACCUCUCUCCAAGAAUCACCCUGGAAGGUUCACGCUGGGAUACAGCUCCUCUUCUUUUAUGAGCUUCAUCCACGCUAUCCGCGACCGAGAUUCAUUUGCUCUAGCAAGAGUGCUUGCUACCUGUGCAAUCUCUUCUUCUUCCUCCCCGGCGGCUUCCACGUGCCUCGAACACACGGCAGGCUCUACGACAAAUGGACCCUACCAGACUGGUUAGACGUUCCGGUGGAGCGUCACGGGGAGCUUAGUCGCAUUGCAACCCGGUUGAAAGCAACCUUAGACAGCCAGGUCCGAAGGGCUUCGAAGUCAAAGAAGAAGCUGUAUCACUUUCCAAAUGAGAGUGUUGUGCUACCACUUGCGCACUGGCCUUCAUCGUCCCUUUCUAGGAAUCUGUCAACCCAGGCUUCGACGUCUACAGUUCGGCCACGACCCUCUCCGAGUGCCUCGCUGUGCACUGAGAUACCUUUAACUUCGCCGAGAACGCCCCCGGAGCCACUUCACACUGGCAAUAGCGACACAGAGAUGAGGGUAGCUUUAGCCGAGGCCGCACUCGCUGAAAAUACCACAGGUCAUAUAUCAACUCCAAACGACGUAUCUCCGAUCACGGUUAGACAUAAGGAGCUCCCCUAUGGCCAGUUGAUCACGUUAACAACGCCGUCGCUGCAUUAUUUUAGACGUGGCUGGAAAGCUGACGCGGCUCUGAUUGUCCGACUAAGCCUUUUGGGUUAG